GAUGGAUAAAGUGAAAUGCCGUUGGUAAAACGAUUAAGAGAACCAAAGCAUGAAAGACGUCCUUGGAGGAUAUGGUUUUUAGAUACUUCCAAGCAAGCCAUAGGGAUGUUGUUCAUCCAUUUUGCAAACGUCUACUUAUCAGAUCUUACUGAAGAAGACCCUUGUUCACUGUACCUUAUCAACUUCUUGUUAGAUGCCACAUUAGGAAUGCUGUUAAUCUAUGCAGGUAUACGUGCAGUCAGCACCAUUGUGGAAUGGCAGCAGUGGGAGUCCCUGCGCUUUGGUGAAUAUGGUGACCCACUGCAGUGCAGUGCUUGGAUGGGUCAGUGUGCUCUGUACAUAAUGAUUAUGACAUUUGAGAAGACCAUCAUCAUUAUAGUGCUUCUGAUACCUCAGUGGAAGGAGGUAGCUUUAUUGAAUCCUAUAGAGAACCCCCAGUUGGAGCUGGCUAUCGUCAUGUUGAUAGUUCCCUUCUUUGUUAAUGCAUUUAUCUUCUGGGUUGUAGAUAAUUUUCUUAUGAAGAAAGGGAAGACAAAAGCUAAACUUGAAGAAAAAGAAGCAGGACAAGAUUCAAGAAAUGGAAGUAAAGUCCGCUACAGGAGAGCAGCAUCACACGAAGAGUCAGAGUCAGAAAUCCUCAUCUCAGCAGACGAUGAGAUGGAGGAAUCGGACGUGGAGGAGGACCUGCGUAGACUGACCAACCUGAAGCCCGUUAAGAAGAAGAAGCAUCGUUUUGGUCUGCCAGGCAGCCCCCCUCCCACCCCAGCUGUCCGCUCCCAUCACAGCCGCGCUGCGAGUCCUGCAGUCACCGCCAGGAAUAACCCCGCGCGGCCUGAAUCAUCCGGGCACUGCUUUGGGAAGGUGACCCCACCCCUGACCUCACGCUGGAUGCUCUAUAUAAGUCUGGGAGAACGACGUGAUUUGCACGGCGCUGCGUUUAAGCACAGCUGGGCGGCAGGGAUCGGAGCCGCGGGAGCUGCAGUUAUGUCGCAGCCAGAGCCAGUGAAAAAGAAGCGUCCUCCAGUGAAGGAGGAAGAUCUCAAAGGAGCUAGAGGAAACCUUUCCAAAAACCAGGAAAUUAAGUCCAAAACCUACCAAGUCAUGAAGCAGUGUGAACAAAUGGGCACUGCAGCACCUUCCAUAUUCAGCCGCGCUCGGACGGGCGACGAAACGGUCUUUGAGAAGUCUAAAGAUGAGCCACCCAAAAGCGUCUUUGGUUGAGAGCUGAGCUGCACAACCUCACCAGGAUGAUUGUUGUGACAUUAUUCCAGAUUUCUACCCCUUGCACUAAGCUCACCAUAGCCAAGGGUACCCAAUUUCUACCUUAAGUCAUUAAAAAGGGAGUGGGUCAAUAUCAAAGCGUGCAACUUCCAUUUUAGUUUUUAUUACGGGCGUUCUUUCUAUGUGUUGAAUGGUGUUUGCUACAAUGGUUUAGUAAAUAAAAUGAUUGUUGGA